AAAACACUGUCCACCACAAACCUCAGUAUGGCUCCUCAACGCGUUGAUACCGCCAACCUCACCCCAACUGAGCUCAACGAGCGAAGCAAAGCCGUCACCGCGCGCCGCAUCCAGCUCCAAACACGGCUCUAUAGUUUGCGCUCGCAACGCACACUCUCAGUCCUCACACCCGCGCCCCCCGUCACCCCGCCGAGCUCGCCAGGCGCCUCUCAAGUCUCCACAAUUCCCGACAGCGCCGACGCAGCUGCCUCGCUAGAUACCAAGAUCCUCUCGUACGCGCUCUCGCGCAGCAAGGCGAUCACUGCGCAUACGCUUAGCAAUCUGUACCGGAUAGCCGGUGUGACGACAUUUUCAGCAAGGGAGGCAACGGGGGAGACGUUGCUGGGGCUCAGGUUCGAAGUCUUUUCCAGGGGGAAGAGGAGGUUCUUGACGCCGGUUUAUGUACUGGUGGACUUGAAGCCAACCGAGAAGGGCGGGACGCCGGUUUUUGUGGUUGCGAGACACUCGGCGCCGGCAUUUUUGGGGGUGGUGGAGCUGGCGGGGAGGUAUUUGCCGCCCAAGGGGAAACAGGAUCUUACAAGGUUCGUGAGGGAGGUCAAUCGGAGGGUUGGGAGAUGGAGGAGGAGGGUCGAUGCUGCCGAGAGGUUUAAGCAAAUUGCGGUUGCUGUGGGGAAGGCUGAGACUGUCGAGGUUGAUGAUGAGGUCGCGCUGCUGGUGAUUAAGUGGAAGUCGGGGGCAGAGGCCAAUUGCAGAGUUGAUGAGAGAGGGGAGGUGGUGAAAGUGGUGGUUAAGAGUCGGAAGGGGGCGAGAAAUGCGGAGGCUGAAGGGCAGAUGAAGGGAAAGCUGGCUGGGCUGGCUGCUAGGUUACAGUGGGAGCAUCCGGAGUCGCUAUAGCGAUACGGUGCCGCUGGCUUGCUUACUUUGCUUUGCUUUUCACGGAGUUAUGGUGUUAGGGAGCGGCAUUGUUUCCCCUUUCUUCGAGGUAUUCCAUGUAUACGGAAUAUAAUACAAGAG